AAGCCGUAGAUAAGCUCUAAUCUGCUUCGAAUCCGCAGCAAAUGCGCGGAACGGAGACCAGCUCAUGGAUGAAGCAGCUCACGAGCUCUUCCCGGCAAGGCCGCCAUGGCCGCGUCCUCCACCUCUUCUUCACUCGCCUCUGCCUCCAACCCAGCAUCCGUGGCACGGUAGACCCCUACCCUACCGCCGUGCCCACUGCCCUCCGCGCCUGCGCGCACCUCGCCGAAGCUGCCUCCGGCCGCCUCAUCCACGCGCUCGUGCUCACGCGCCCCGCCCUCGCCCGGGACCAAGUCGUCGCCACCGCCUUGCUCGACAUGUACGCCAAGUGCGGCCUCAUUGCCAGCGCCCGCAAGGUGUUCGACGAGAUGCCGGUCAGGGACCUCGUCGUCUGGAACGCGCUGCUCGCGGGCUACGCGCGCCACGGCCUCCCCGAGCACGCCCUUGCGCUGUCCGUCAAGAUGCGGGGCCGCGGCCUGACUCCCGAUCUUGUCACUUGGAAUGCCACCAUAUCGGGUUUCGCGAUGGCCGGUGAUGGCACGAUGGCCAGCGAUUUGGUCGGCGCCAUGCAAGAGGACGGGUUCCAGCCGGAUGUGGUCACAUGGACGUCGCUCGUCUCUGGCUCGGUGCUGAACUUCCAGUACGGCAGAGCGCGCGCGCUGUUCCGGCAAAUGGUGGCCGGCGGCGCCCGUGUCCUGCCAAGCUCUGCGACGCUUAGUAGCGUCCUGCCAGCAUUUGGCACCGUCGGUGACAUGAAGCAUGGCAAGGAAGUCCACGGCUACGCCGUCGUGACCGGCGUCGAACGGGAGGUCACUGUGGGCAGUGCUCUCGUCGACAUGUACGCCAAGUCCGGACUUGUGCACGAAGCGCGCCAUUUGUUCGACAGGAUGCCAGAGAGGAGCACGGUGACAUGGAACUCCAUGAUCUUCGGUCUUGCGAACUCCGGCCAUUGCCAGGAAGCAGUCGGCCUCUUCGACCGGAUGCCGCGAGAGGGAGCGAAGCCGGACCACCUGACCUUCACCGCCCUUCUGACAGCCUGCAGCUAUGGUGGCAUGGUCGAGGUUGGGAAGGCCUUGUACUGUGGCAUGCGGGAGGAGUACGGCAUCGAGCCGAGGCUCGAGCACUACGCUUGCAUGGUGCAUUUGCUUGGCCGAGCUGGGAUGCUCGACGAGGCAUAUGAUUUCAUCAAGGCGAUGCCCGUGGAGCCGGACUGCUUCGUCUGGGGGGCGUUGCUUGGUGCCUGCCGGAGCCAUGGGAACAUCGAGCUCGCCGAGUUGGCGGCGUCCCGCGUGCGGACUGUUGAGCCGGGUAACGCGGCGAGUUACGUGCUGCUCUCGGGUGCGCUGGCGAGUGCUGGCCACCAGAACGACGUUUUCAAGAUUAAAAGGUUAGUGAAGAGCCGCCGGCUAAAGAGGCUUGAUGGAUGCAGCUGGCUAGAAACGUCUUAGCUACGGGGAUGAUCAGCAGACUGCCACCGGAGACGGACAUAACUAGGAUAUCAUGUCGUUG